GGAAGUGUAGAUCGCUGGGGAACAUACCACGGGUAGGCUAAUAGAGAUCUGAUAUGCGCCAAUGAUCAUUGUAUAUAUUACGAUUUCGUUGCGCUCGCGGAUAUUUUAAAGAGGAGUAACUUAUGAUCCACUAAUCCCACGGGCCUCACCAAGAAUACCUAAGUACAAUCUUGCCUAAAUGCCUGCCCACUCGGCUUACGUUAGGUGUCUCUUAGCCUUUAGGUAUUCUUCAUUAUGAUUGUGGAUGUCGUCUGAGAAAAUUAAUGCCUAGAUUGAAGCUCAAAAGAAGAAAUCCCACCCCCUUACCGAUAGUGAAGCAGAACCUUGGCGACAGCUCUAUCAAUGAGUUUACCGAUCAGAAUGACAAGCUUGCUGACUUCGCCGUCGAGUCACAACGCCUAUCUGUUGGAAAGGGGAUUCCGGGUCUAGAUCCAUGGUCCACCGACCUACCCCUAUUUAAUAAUUACUGGACCGAGUGGGUUCAAUCUCAGUGUUAAUUUCCUUGUCAAGAUCACGGCAAGUGUAGCUAUGUAGCUAAAGAUGAUGAGACGAAAAAUUUCUUGUAUUGGACUAACGAGGACGUGGCGGUCAGGCUCUUGUCAGAUAGGCACUGGGGCAAACACCUUGGGAUGAGAAAUCGCCCACUUAUUAUCCUGAUCCUGAUCCUUAAGGGGGGACAAGGCUACAGCUCUCGAUGUUUAUAUGUGUCUGCUGCUACACUAUGGCUCAUCUGCGCAAUAGAUGGCAUGUACUAAACAGCGUUAUUGGGCGGAAGCAGAGCCUAGGAGUGCCUGCGUACUGGUACCAAUUAGAGCAUCAAUAAAGUAAACCAACAUAGUGAUUAAUAGAGCAAUGGUUUAUACAGGAUUCAGUGGUUAAUACCAUAUAAUGGAGUCUACAGACAAUCCCAAAGUUACCCUGGUCCUACAGCCCAAACGCUAACUUAAUAUAG